AUGGACCGAAACGGGCUGACGAACUCAACGUCUUCAGACUCUCUGGAGCUUGCAGUGCGCUCAAAGAAAAGCAGACUGAGAUUGUCAUUCGUCUGCCGUAACUGUAGGAAAAGGAAGAUAAAAUGUGAUAAGGCCCAGCCAAAAUGCGGCAGAUGCGCAAAGCUUGGGUUGGAAUGCAAUUACGAUCUCAGUGAGCAGAUUUCUUUGAAAAAGACGCCAGGAAGACCUGUAACUAUACAUGAACAACUGGAAGAACUGGAGCACAAGUUCGAAGAUAUGCGCCACAGUUUGAAUCUCAGUGGGAUGCGAGCAUGGAACGAGGAUUUAGAUAACCGAAGCAAGCCGAUUAAAAUCAACUUUUUUGUGGGGCUGCAGCCUAACUGCUUCGAGAGCAUUUUCAAGCGCGACUGUAAGCCUUUUUCUGAUAUGGGGAUGAUCCAGAAGCACAAAAGGCUGAACCCGUUUUUGAAAUUUGUCACCCGUUCGUUCAAACCUUUGAACUAUGCUGUGAAAAAGAUACUGCAGUCUGUGGGAGAUUCUCUAGAUCCUCACUCAGACGAGUUGGAGUCAGUCGCAGAGAUUCUUUUUUUAACUCCACAGGUGCGAGAGGUUCUCAAACAGCACAGUAUGAACCCUGAAGGAAUCACUCAAGAAACUGCGAAUGCAAUACGUCGCUGCCUUUUGGAAAAAGGUUCUCGCGGCGACGAAAAAAGUCUUUUCGAGCCGGUUGAUCUCGAGUUUUCUUCAUCAAAAAUCUCACAGGCAGAGCUUAUUGACCAGAUAGUAGCUGUGCUGCCGCCAAGAGAUCAAAUUGAACAUCUUCUUGCUUACUUCAUGAAGGUGGUCUACCCUUUAGUUCCAUACGUCAAUAAGUCAUGCUUUUUUCGGCGCGUUACAGAGACUAUUAAGUAUUCUGAAAACGGGAAAGUUAUAGGCUUGGAUAUUGGUGAUUACCAGGAUGCCAUUCGGAAAAUUGGAUGCAUGGCAAUUUUUUUAGUAGUUUUGAGGAUUUCGCACACUGCUUUAACCUUAGUCAAGAACCUCCCUUAUAAUGGGGAACAUCUUGACCGAUUCAUUUCCGUUUCACAAAAGUGUCUGGCUCACUUAAUUACACUCUCCCAUAAAACAAACGAAGACAUUUUGAGUUGUCUUAUUCUGAUGAGGUGGUCACUUAUAUAUUCUCCAACAGAAGGCGAAGUUGUGGCUGGCUCGGUGACUGAUAUGUUGCUUUCUUUGAUAGUCAAUCACGCAAUCAGGAUAGGGUUGUAUCGAGACCGCAUUCAGGCAAACGGACCUAAGAAAAAUGACAAAAUGGAGAGGUACUUUAUCCAUUACAGGGCAAAGCUUUGGAUGGGCUGUCUGAUUCUCUUACGCUCUGACCUUUUUUUGAAGGGUAAUUUCCCUGUUGUGUCUCCAGAAUAUGCGGCCAUGGCUCCCAAGGAAGAGAACCCUGAGAAUUACGAAGAUGAGGCAGAGGCACAAAUCCAUCGGAUUUUGCAUAAGCAGCUUGACAUAUACAGCAAAAUGAGCAUAUUGGAUAAGCUCACUCUUCAAGUCGAGGAAAGCACAGAUAUUGAAGAAAUUUACUCAAAAAUCAGACGCUUGGAGUAUGACCUUCAGUCUUAUUGCCCACUUUCCGAUGUUGAAAACUUAAAUAACACAACACUUGAGAACACAAUCAUCCAAAGCAUGAACAAUGCGCUAUAUUUCAAGGUAAACGUUAUGGUUAAGAUUUACUUCUUAGCAAUUCGAGCAUCUAUUGUUGCUAUCCUGGAACGACAAAUCACAGAAGCACUAACUGACACUGAACACCUUUCACUUCGAUAUAGAGAAGUUACGGCAGAAUGCUUCGAGUCUGCCGUAGAUUUGUGCGAGAUCUUGUGCGCGUACAUGAGCGUUGCGGAUGAUGACCAGAAUAGCCCCGUAAUGCCGGACCACAGAUAUAUUCUCAACCAAAUAGUGCAGAUUGGUAUUUUCCGCGUUUCGUAUUAUUUCAUCGGCGUUAUCCUAACCUUACUUCAGGUUAAAAAUGGGCUUGAAAACUUCAUGUGGCAGAACGAAAACAAGCAAAGCUUGGUGACAGAAAUUGAGUACAAGAUUACUUUGAUUGAAUCUACAAGUAAGGCUAUUUUCCAAAGCGUCCAAAAGCUCAUUCAUCUAGGUUCCCACACGUUAUCCGACAGAUAUUUCACAUCCUUCAAACAGUUCCUGUUUUUGGAAUACGCUAUGCAAGUGAUCCAAAAUGAGAUAAAUCCAAACACCCCCAGCAGGCUAAGGGAAGUGCUUGGUGAUAUAGGUCUCCCGGUCGCAAUGGAUUACUCGCCCUCAGAUUGGGAAAAGUUUGCCAGCUAUGUGAAAAAGGCCAUUGGCCAAGCUGAGCCAACGCCACCGUUUACUUCUUCCGAUGACAUUCCGAGUGCUCCGUCUACGCACGCUAAAAGCGCACCAAACGAUCCAGCUCUGGACUCAAUGUUGCUUUUCGACGACCAGGUCAACAUUCAAAACAUGCUUGAUGGAGAUUACACUUGGACAGACUUUAUAUGA